GUUGUCACGUGGCGGCGGAUCCGGAAGUGGCGGGCGGUCACGUGGGCGGGCAUGGCGGAGCCCAAGCUCCGCGUGAAUGCGGCGUUCGCCGAGCGGUACCGGCGGUACCGGAGGAGAGAGGAGCUGCAGAAACUUCGGGACCGCUACGGGGACACCGGGGACAGCGGGGACAGCGGGGACAGCGACAGCUCCGGCUCCAGCGGGGACGAGCCGGCCCUGGACCCCCGGGAGGAGCGGGAGUUCUACCGGACCCUGGCGCUGCUCAAGAACCGAGACCCCCGAAUUUACCGGAGCGACGGAGAGUUCUACAGCAGGAACGAGUCCGAGGAUGAUGAGGAUGAGGAUGAAGAUGAUGAAGAUGAGGAUGAGGAAGAGCGGGGGGCGUCCCGGCCGAUGUUCCUGAAGGAUUACGAGAGGAAGGUGGUGCUGGAGAAGGAAGG